CAAGACCUGCACCAAGGUAAUACAGACACCAUCAACCAUAACAUACAGCAAGACCUGCACCAAGGUAAUACAGACACCAUCAACCAUAACAUACAGCAAGACCUGCAGCAAGGUAAUACAGACACCAACCAUAACAUACUAAAGUCCCAGACUGCAAGGUAAUAAAGACACCAUCAACCGUAAGAUACUGAAGUCCAAGGUAAUACAGACAUCAUCAACCAUAAGAUACUUAAGUCCCAGACUACUUCAUGUAAGUUGGGCAAUCCAAAGCGUUUGAUUGUAUAUUUCUAAAGCCCAUAUAUUGAGUUUGAUAUGUGUACUGUUAUCACUGUAAAGAAAAAAAGUCUGACUUUCAAAUUGGAAGUACCAUAAUGCUUGACACUGGCAAUGAUCUUUGAGUUGGUGUCCUUGCUGUCAUUAGAUAGCAGGAUCACAUCAAACAGCAAAGUUUCCGCUGGAUUUUUGUCCAACAGUUUUUUGUUCACUUGCUGCACUGCCUAACAGGGAAAUACAAAUAUUCAAAUUCAGUUGCUUACUCGACUAGAUGUCUGACAUAGUUAAUAGUUAAUACAUUAACCACAAAAGGCAAUUUUCUGCAAGAACCACUGUUGCACCUAAAGCUGUGACCCAUCAGAAACAGUGACCGCAGCUGCACAUCGUCUUCAGGUAUCUGCUACCUCAUCUCAUUCACCAUGCCCCCCCAGUCCCACCCAACUAACGCCAGAAUCCCCACAACCACAGCCUCCUACUCUAACAGCACCUCUGCUCCCUACUCCAUCAUCCCUGACUUCAUUUCUCAACUCCUGGACAAAAUCCCUUUGCCAAGAUGGGCGAUCUAUACAAUCGCUGCUGUGAUCCUCUUCUUGUUUCUGGUCUGUAUUUUGUGUAUCUGUGCCAAAUGCUGCUGCAAGAGUAAGAGGAAACAAAAGAAGAAAGACAAUAUGGAUCUGAAAGGCCUGAAGGAAACCUCAACUUCUGCACUGGUCCAGCCUGGGGCAGAUGAGGCGGUCUACGGAUCGACCAAGGAACCAAGAGGACAGCUGCUCUACUCUCUGGAAUACAACUCACCCCAAUCAGAGCUCACUGUGGGGAUAAAAGAAGCCAGAGGGUUGAAAGCCAUGGACACGGGGGGAACUUCUGACCCUUAUGUCAAGGUCUACAUCAGCCCCUCCAAGUCUAAAACAUGCGAGACCAGGGUCUUUAGGAAGACACUGAACCCAGUUUUCAAUGAACUCUUUACAUUUAAGGUCCCCAUGUCAGAGCUUAAUGAGUGCACAGCAGUCAUGCAGGUCUUUGACUUCAACAAGUUCACCAAACACUGCAUCAUAGGGGAGAUCCGGUUACAGCUCAACACCGUCGACUGGAAUCACGUCAUCGAGGAAUGGAAAGAUCUGAUGGAGGCGUCCAAGUUUGAUAACGAGAACCUGGGAGAGAUAUGUUUCUCCUUGCGCUACGUCCCAACUGCCAGCAAGCUAACUGUUGUCAUCCUAGAGGCCAAAAACCUCAAGUCUAUGGAUCCAGGCGGGUCAUCAGAUCCUUACGUGAAAGUGCAACUCACUUUAGAUAAGAAGAAGUGGAAGAGAAAGAAGACAUCGGUGAAGAAGAACACUCUGAAUCCCUACUUCAACGAGUCAUUUAACUUUGAGGUUUCGUUUAAUCAAAUCAAAAGGGUUCAUCUGGUGAUCGCCGUAUGGGACUACGACAAGAUGACGCGAAAUGACGCUAUCGGCAAGAUCUUUCUGGGAUGCGACGCGUCAGGGAACCAGCUGAGACACUGGGCAGACAUGCUUUCCAACCCUCGCAGGCCAGUGGCUCAGUGGCACACGCUCCUGUCAGCCCAGCAGGUGGACAGCACCCUGGCUCUCAAACGCACCAUCAAGAUCCCGUUUACAGAUAAGAGCUACUAGACAAUGGUUACCGGUAGCCUACUAUUUACGCUUACAUACCAUACUGACAUGUCAAUAAUAUAUGCUUCCAGGUUAAUUUCAAAUGAGUUAUUAACAAGCUGUUUUUGUAUAUUGGAAAUGAUUGAAUUUAGUAUACUUUUUCCAUUUCCAACACUUUUUUAUAGUCCUUUAUACUGAAUACUGCUUUAAUUGUACAGACACUGAAUUAGAAUGCUCCUGAAUGAAGACAUUCCGUACCAAUUUCCAUGCAUUAACCUUCCCUUUCAAAUUGGUGUUAGGAAGAUGCCCUUUCUGCACUUUUAUA